AUGCAGACCGUCUCUCUACCAUCCGAGACCGCGUCGAGUUCGACGUGGUACGACCCAACCGAUGUCCAGCUCCGUAAGUUCAUGAUGGUGCGUUUGCAGAGCCAUCCAGCAUUGGCGCAGCACCAUCCGAUCUUGCAAAGUACUAGGGACCCUUCUUCUGGCACCAGUUUAUCGCUCCUGCAACGACUCGAGUGGAUGCUUUACUACAGUGCAGGGUCCUUAAACGAGUACCUGCACCAGCCGUCACUCGAGCGACGUGUACAGGGUCUCGUGACGCACUAUAAGCGCAAACGACCCGAGACCGAGUCGAGUGAGGACGUUGUAGAGUCUGUCCGAGCACCUACAGCCAAGCGACCGAGACCCCGAUUAACUAUCACUGAAGAAGUCAUCUGCAACAAUAGCAUACAGGCGAGUGAGUGUGUUCUCACCAGUAAUGUGGACCUCUUGCGCAACGUGUGCAGCUAUUUAGAGGGGAUGGACGUGCUGCGAUGCAGAUUUGUGAGCAAGUUCCUGUACGUGCAAACGCCGUCGUUAGUGCGGACACUACACAUCGACGCGGCGAUCAUGUCAGUUGCAGCGACGCAAACUUGCAGGGACGGGGCGGUGAACGGGCUGAGCACUUUGUUGCAUCAGUGCCAAAAUCUCACGAGCCUGACGAUUUCGAACCAGGUGAACAAGACACAUGUCAAGGCAAACGUCGUGUUCCCAAGAGCACUCACCACUUCGACGUAUGCAUCGUACGGCUACCAAUUGGUGUGUGGAGCCGCCGAGGCAUUUAGCAACGGAGCGUGCCCUUUGCUGCAGGAACUGAAGCUCGUCGCUCCAUUUGACUUUGCUACCGAAAGCGACGCAGUGAUAACCGUGCUGCGAGCGCUGACUGAUUCCAAACGAGCGCGCGGAGUGAUGAGGACUCCACUGAAGCACCUGGCACUGGAUGCGACUUUUCUAGGUGAUCGAGGCGUACAGCAGCUCGCUGAUCUGUUUGAGACUCAGAGUGUGUUCUUCGUCCACCUCGAGACUCUGACAGUGCGCAACAACUUCAUCGGCGAAACAGGUUGCCGCGAUCUGCUUGAGGCCAUCGAGCUGUUCAGCGACCUUUGUACGCUGGACCUCAGCCGCAACAUCCUCACGGACACGGACGCACUCACACUUGCAGAUUUGCUCGACAAUUUUGUGAUAGACUUGAGCUGUUACGAUUGCAUGGAGAGCGACCAGAAGAUGACAUCGCAAGACGGGCAGUUGAGCGUACUGGGACUCGCAGGUCUGCGUACUUUGAAACUGCAAGAAAACUUCAUCACAUGCGACGGCUUUCACGCCAUCGCAAUUGCAUUGGGUGCUCGAGAAGGGUUUCCAGUCCCGACUGGUAGCAUCGCUGCUCAUUACGAUGACGUAAAUAGCGACGCAGAAGCAAGGAACGCAGACCGCUAG